ACUAGUAAGUAAACUAUUUUUGCUGUGUUCUGUGAGCCAUUCUAGCAAAUUCAUUCUCGAACUUGAGGGGGUGUGGGUCCCCUCAAUUUUAGCUAGUCUGUCAGAAGUGUGGGAAGCCCAGGACUUGGGACUGGCAUCUGAAGUGAGGGGAGUCUCUUGUGCUGACUCUGGGUAGGUAGUGUCAGAUUGAAUUGUAGGACACCCAGGUGGUGUCCAGAGAGUUCAAGAACAGUUGAUGUGAGGGAAAUACCCACACGUUUGGUGUUUGGAAACCACUCAGUGACUUUUUCUUUCCUACCAAGUCCUUGUGUCUUUGGUCUGUUAGCGGACUAGCUUCCACUCCCAGCCCAGGGGGGCAUCUGCCGGCACCGGAGGCCUGGGCUGCCAGGGGCAUGCUGGGCACUUUCGUUAAUCAUUUCUUCUCCAGGCCUGUUUGGCCCACCUCACAGAGUGCUGGGGGAUGACUGAGAGCACGGCUGUGGAAGAACUUUGGAAACUGAAGUUGCUCUUCAGUCUCAACGCCAGACCAGGAGUCGGAGGUGUUCGAUCUCGUGUCGGGAUCCAGCAGAGCCUCCUCAGCCAGCCAGCCCGCACUGCCACUUUCCAGCAGAGAUUUGAUGCCCGGCAGAAGAUUGGCCUCUCGGACGCCCGGCUCAAGCUGGGAGUUAAGGAUGCCCGGGAAAAGCUUUUGCAAAAAGAUGCUCGGUUCCGGAUCAAAGGGAAAGUGCAGGAUGCCAGAGAGAUGCUGAACUCGCGCAAGCAGCAGAGCACGGCGCCCCCGAAGCCCCGCCAGGUGGCCGAUGCCCGCGAGAAGAUCAGCUUGAAGCGGAAUUCCCCAGCCACCUUCCUGAGCCCACCCAUCGGGACAGUGACCCCUGCCCUGAAGCUCACCAAAACCAUCCAGGUCCCCCAGCAGAAGGUCAUGGCACCGCUGCACACCCAUCCUGCUGGAAUGAGGAUCAAUGUUGUCAAUAACCACCCGGCCAAACAGAAUUUAUAUGAUUUGGAAGAUGAUGAUGACUCUGUAGCUCCCAUUCCUAGUAAACAGAUGAAAUUUGCAGCCUCGGGUGGCUUUCUUCACCACGUGGCCGGACUGAGCAGUUCCAAGUUCUCCAUGUCUAAGGCCCUCCCUCUCACCAAAGUGGUUCAGAAUGAUGCAUACACGGCUCCUGCCCUCCCCUCCUCUGUUCGAACAAAAGCCUUGACCAGCAUGUCUCGGACACUAGUGAACAAGGAGGAGCCCCCGAAAGAGCUCCCACCUGCUGAGCCUGUCCUCAGCCCUUUGGAAGGCACCAAGAUGACCGUGAACAAUCUGCACCCUCGAGUCACUGAGGAAGACAUUGUGGAGCUUUUCUGUGUGUGUGGAGCCCUCAAAAGGGCUCGGCUGGUCCAUCCUGGGGUAGCAGAGGUGGUCUUUGUGAAGAAGGACGAUGCCAUUACUGCAUAUAAGAAGUAUAACAACAGGUGUUUGGACGGAUGGCCUGUGGAGAGAAACUCUGUCUGCCAGGCCCCUUUGUCCACUGAUGAGUUCUUCCCGUGUUUACUGAGUGCCCUUGUGGACCAGGGACCUGUGGUAGAGAUGCCGACGCUGGUGUAA